AUUAUUCUAUUCAAUAAAUUAUUUGAUUAUUUGAUAAAAAAAGCUAUUAUUCAAAAAAUGAAAAAAAAGUUUGUUUUCAUACCUAAAUCGUAAGUAAUCUCUGAGGAACAAGAGAAUAUAAAUAAUUUUCAUACUCAGUAAGAAUAGCAAAAAAAAUAGAGAUACAAAAGGAGGGAGUAAUAAGACAGCAAUUUUAACUAAUAUGAUUAGAAUUAAGAGAAUGAAAAUUAAGUUUAUCAAUGUGAUAAUAACAGCUUUUAAGUAAGUAAAUAACUUUCUUUUGAAUAAAACAAAAUAAAUAGAAAAAGCAAUGACUAAGAUUCAACAAAAAAUCAUGGAUCUAAAUCGAAAUAAUAAUAUCACAGUACUUUCAAAUAAUAAGAUUUCAGUUAAGAGAGUAAAAGACAAAUAUAUCAAAAUGAUAAGAAUACUCUUCAAAUGAUGGAUAAAUUAGAUUUUUUUGGAUUACAGAGCAAUAAUGUAGAUAGCUCUAAUUAAGAUUCUACUAAAAAAGCUAGAUAUAAAAGGAAGGAACAACAAGAAAUUACUUUUGAGUAAUAAGAUUUCAAUUAAAUGAGGAAAACAUAAGUUGAUCAAUUUGAUAAAAAGAGUCAGCAAAUAAAUAAAUAAAUGUAUUUGAAAUAAGAUUAUACUAAAGUUGAUAACUUUAAUUAAGAUUCUACUAAAAAAUUUAUAUACAUAAGGAGGGAUUAAUAAGAUAGUGUUAUUGAAUAAUAAGAUUCCAAUGAAGAAAGCAAAGAAGCAUAAGUUUAUCAACUUAAUAAAAAUCAUUCUUAUUAAAAUACUUAGGUUUCUUUAGAAUAAGAUUGCACUAAUGUUGAUAACUCUAAUUAAGACUCUACUAAAAAAAUUAGAUUUAAAAGAAGGGAAUAGAAUGACAAUAUUUUUGAUCAAUAAGACUUGAAUUAAGAAAGCUAAAAAUUAGCUUAUUAAAAUGAUAAAAAUGGUCUGUAAACAAGUAAAUAUGUUUCUUUAGAAUAAAAGGGUAGUAAUAGAAAUAGUAAUAGCUAUGAUAUUACUAAAAAAUAAAGAUAAAUAUGGAGAUAAUUACAAAACAAUUCUUAAGACUAACAAGACUUCGAUUAAGAAAGUAAAAGAAAAUAUAACAAAAAAAAUAAUCAAGUAAUUUAACAAUAAUCUACAGAAUAAGAUAAUUAUAAUAAUAAUAAUGUUGAUGACUCUAAUUAAGAAUCUACUAAAAAAUAUCAGUACAAAUGGAGGUAAUAGAAAGCUAGUAUUUUUGAUUAAGUAGAUAAUAAUUAAGAAAACAAAACAGAAGAUCAGAAUAUAGAUAAAUUUUAUUUACAUAUGAUUAAAGAUAAGAAGAGUCUCUUCAUAAAUAAUUUCAAGAUUUUUAAUGCUUGCCUAUCCUCUAUGGCAAACUACGAGCUUCCACAAAUUUUAAAUAUAAAUUUUGAUUUAAUAUUUAAAAAAAUUUCAACAUCAAUAAAUGAAGAUACUUUAUUUUAAGGGUUAGUUUAUAACUUAUAACUCUCUGAUAGUUACUAGCUUAUAUUCUCUGAAAAAGAUUAAUCAAAUGAAUACUAGCAGAUAUUUAAGAAAGAUUUAAAAUAACAACAAUAAAUCUUGUCUGUAAAAUAAUUAAUUUAAAUUUUUUUACAAAGAUUCCCUACAAAUACCAAAAAGCUAUCAUUAAAAAUUGAUUAAAAUGGAGCUUUUCUACAAGAGCUUUAAUAAAACCUUGACAUUGCUAAAAACAAACUAUAAUAGCUCAACUAGCUAGAGAUAGUAAAAUUAGACUUUUCUGUUUAUCAAAAUAAUAAUUUAGAUAAAGAAUUUAAUUAUUUUGAGAUAUUAAACUAAAUUGUUACACUUAAAAAGCUUAAGAUAACUAUAAAUCAAAGUUAAUUAUUCAAUAACUCACUAAGAUAAUAUUUUGGAAAUAAAAAUAUUGAUCUUACUAUUGAGAUAAAAUUUAGACCUCAACUGAUAAUAGAUAUAAAUAUUUUUAACUUUCUCAAAGAUAUUUGUAACAUUAAGCUUAAAAUUAAUAUGAGUGAAAUUGAUCUAAACAUUUAUGAUAUAAGUACUAUUGAUAACUUUUUCUUUCUAUCAGGAAAAAAUAUUUCAUCUUUGCAUUUUAUAAAGAAUACAUUCAAGUUUGAUUCAACUAUUUACAUUAAGUAGAAAUUUUAUGAUAUUCUAAACAAAGUAAUGAAAAAUUUAUCAUUUUUGGAAAUUGAUAAUGCGUUCAUUAAUGUAGACCAAAAUUCAUAACCUGAAAAAAAAAAUUAGGUGAAAUAAAUUCUCUAAGAACUUUGUAAAAAUUAUAAUGGAAAUCUGAUAAUUAGCAUAAAUCCACAUAUAUUUAAAGAGUUUUCAAAUUAUUUUGAAACAGCCAAUUUCUCUAGUCUCUAAAUAAAUUUUGAUAACGAAUAGUUUGGUGAAUAAUUAGAGGCUUUAAAAAUAUUAAGUCAAUUUACUAACCUUGAUAAAAUAAUAAUAAAAAUAACCAUAAACAUAGAAUCAAAAUACUCUUUGAGUAUUAUUUAAUUAAUUGAUAUUCUAAAACAGUUUGAUUAAAGAUAUCAAUUAGAUUUAACUCUAACAUUUUAAAAAGUAAAAGAAAGAAUUUUAGAUUACCUUACAAUAAACCUGGUCAAAAGCUUGUUAAAUUUCAGUUAAUUUAACUUAACUUGGUAUUCGAAUUUUCUCAAUAAAGAAAUAAUGAAAAACAUUAAAGACAACUAAUUAAAAAAUUAAAUUUUUCAUUCAAUAUUAGCUUUGUAAAAGCUGGAUAUAAAAACUGAAUAUAGCUUUAAAAGACAUAAUCUUUUUUAUUUAUAUGAUGAUUGA